CCCUUUCUUUUCUCUAUCCGUUAAAUUACACCUCUCUAAAUUUAAGCCUAUUUCACCUCCCUAAAUUCCCUUUCAAUCUCCCUCUUCCCCCUCCCCAAAAUAAAAAAACAAAUCUACACAAUGUCAUCCCAGUCUCCGCCAGUCCUCCCGAUCACAAACCAGCAACAACCACCCGCCGCUGCCGCCUCCCAACCACCUCUCCCUCCACACGCCCUCCGCGCAUUCCUCAACAACAUUACCGAAUCCGUCCGCAACGGUUUCGCCCAACGCCGCCCCUUUUCCGAACUAAUCGACCGAUCCGCUUUCUCUAAACCUGAAUCCAUAUCCGAAGCCACAACUCGCAUCCGUAAAAACUACUCCUACUUCCGCAUCAACUAUCUUACCGCUAUUUCCGUAAUCCUUGCAUUUUCCCUCCUUUCUCACCCCUUCUCUCUCCUCCUCCUCCUCGGCCUGCUCUGUUCUUGGCUUUUCUUAUAUCUCUUCCGCGCUUCGGAUCAGCCUUUGGUCCUCUUCGGCCGGACUUAUAGUGACCGUGAAACGCUCGGGAUUCUGAUUGCAUUGAGUGUUUUCGUGGUUUUUCUAACUAGUGUCGGAUCUGUGAUAAUAUCGGCGCUUUUGGUCGGUGUUGGGAUCGUUUGUGCUCAUGGUGCUUUUCGUGUUCCUGAGGAUCUUUUCUUGGAUGACGUUCCAGAAAAUGCAAACACUGGCUUCUUGUCUUCCUUCCUCGGCAGCGCUGCCUCCAAUGUUGUUUCCUCUGCGGCGCCUCUUGUGGCAGCCGCCCGUGUUUGAGGAUUGGUUAAAUUGAUAGAUGAAAUAAAUACAGAAUUUAUAUGAAUAAUGGUUAAAAUUGUCUUCUUUUUUUUUUCUUUUGGAUUUUGUAAUUGUGGAAACGGAUCUAUAAAUUCUUUCCUUCUUUCA